UCUCCUCCCCGCGACCGCUGCAUCCUGCGCCGAGACCCAGGCUCUCCCGGUCCGUAAUUUAACUUCUUCCCACAGACCUAGUGGUACCUCGUUGGGUACCGGGAGAAAGUUUGGAUCAUUGGCACCACGGAUUGAGUACGAUUUCAUUCGGAUGACGACUCCUUCAACGAGAAUUUAGUAAAAGAAAAUUGGUCGGAAAUUUCAGAACAUGUGGAAGGGGUCCUAAUUGUAUCAUCCUGGAAGUAGAAAGCACAGAAGAUCUGUGUCUCACACCACAGUCAGGUGCCGUCUGUAGCAAGAGCAGCACAGGGGAAGGAAGCGCUGGGGAGGAGGCGGUGCGGCAGCACGCCUCUCCGGCUGUGGAUGUGCUGGGUGGCAACCCCCAGGCUGCGCAGAAUGUGGCUGGGGAGUCCCCUCGGCAUGCCCCGCAGCCGGUUGCAGCUGCCCCCCGCCCAGUCCCUCCAUUUACAAAUCCAUCCAGUGUGCCACUGCCGGACAGCAGCGACUUGGCAUUCCCCGGCAUGGAAAACAACCCUCCAGCCCCCUUGUCUGAAACUCAACCGUGCAGCGACUUUAAGGAUAUUGUCUCACAAGAAGUUCUCGCUCAGGAGCACAUUGCUGGAUUUGCAAGAUCAUUGCCAUCAUCCCCCAAUGAGGACUGUAGUUCCUCUGCUGAAAUGCAAAGGCUCUCAACCCCCUCAUGUCCUCCUCUCACCUCACAGGUUGGCAGCACAGUGCAAGAGCUUCAAUACGGGUCACAAACUAUUAAAGAGAAAAGCCACUCAAAUAGUCAGACAAACCAGGUUCAGGCGAAUCAAGAAAGCCCUGGACUUGUGGCUAUGUCAAGGACAGAGGACGACCAGUCCACCCCCGUGGAAUAUAAACCAGAAACUGAAACGAACGUGGUACUCAGAGAACAGGAGCCAAUGGGUGGACGUGUUCUCCCACAACCCCAGUCUCAGACCUGUUUCACAGCCUCACCCUUUCCUGCCCCACAAACAAGCAUCGACAUUAACGCUGAAGACUCCAGACAACACGGUGUCGCGAAGCAGUCCCACGGAGAGCAAGACAGCCAUAAACCUCCACCAGGUCCUGCACAGCCAUCAGACAGUCACCAGGACUCAAACGCCUCACUCCCACUGUUCUCAGUUGAUAAUACAGAGAUUAGACACGUUGAUAUUUCAAAAACACAACCUAAAACUGUCUCAACUGCCAGAGAAACACAAGAAGCAAAUUCUCUGGAAUCGGUUGAGGCCUUGAAGGGUGUUACGGAUUUUGUUGUCACUUCUCACAGAGAAACGCAUCCUCAUUCAUCUGAAAUACUUGAAGCCCCAAAGGCCAGAGAGUCGCACCCUGGAUUAUACACGUCUGGAAAAGAGAGUUCAGUGCCCCAGUGCAGUCCUCCUGAAGUAGAGCAGGUGGGCUGUACCACCAGGGAAGAACAAACCAACACCACCACCUCCUCACCCGAGUCAACUCUGCCCCCAGAGUUCUCUUCGGUGCAGAACAGCUCCUUCAAACCCACCACAGAGCCCCCCCUGUUUGACGCCAGCCUCGUCGUGUCACUGCAGGCAGAGGAGGUGUCCAAGGCAGAAACAUCUUGCACCUCUGAUCAAGUCCCGGCACCUGAAACAUCACUGAUCGCUGAGAUCGUGCACUCCGGGAAUGCUCAAGAAAUUGUGGUUGUCAGAGAGGAAGCUCAUAUUGAUGGAGAGUGGUCCAACAUGCACCUGAAUCAGAGCUACCUCCUGCAACAGGAAGAUGGCAGUGUGUGCGAAGCUGCCAUCGUUAACCAAGUCUCCACCGAGGAACCAAAGCUGUAUGAAGAAGGUGUUGAGCCAGGUAUAGGGCUGUUUUCGCAGGCUGUGGAAGUGUAUGAGUUCUGUGGCCUGGUGGAGGAGGUUGCUGAGGAAACGGUCUGUGCCAGCAGCAGUGCACAGAUGCCUCACUCUCCAGGAUAUGAGGUGAACUUAUUCAACGCGUUACUGGAAAACGCUGAUGACUACACCAUCAAAGAGGACCUUGACCCAUCUAUUCAUGCAGUCAGUGAAAGUGAUACCAUCAUAAUUUCCCAGCAUCCCUUGCCUUCAUCAAGUGAUAAUAGUUCCCAUCAUUUGUCCGUGCAGAAAGCAGGAGUAGCUGCAGUCAGACAGCAUUUAGUACUGGACUCUAGCCGAGCUGUUGAAGUGGCACACUCAAGUGAGGUUUGUUUAGUUCAAGUAGCUGCGGUUACAUCUGACUCAUUUACAGUUGAACAGACACACACCGGUUCACCAAGUGAGGCUCCGUGCUCAGAGGUGAAUGCAGCAGACUCGGACCGGAGAGGUCUGGCUGGCUUCGGUGCAAUGCAAACAGUUUGUCCCAAACUGGGUGCUGAAACGGUGGCUGGUUCAUUAUCACUCUUAUCCCCGUUGAUCGCUGUUACCGGUGAGGGGUUUCAGUCAUCCAUCGCUGUUUCAGUCCCUUUCUCUGGGCUGGGAAAGCAACCCUCUCUGGUUCAGCCUGUUGUAAGUGCCACAAAGCCUGAGAUCUGCGUUUCUUCUGGUCAAGGAACCAAAGAAACUCCAUCACAAAGUAUUCAGAAUGUUCUUGUGCCCACUAAAACCAAAUCAUUAUGCCCCUCUCUUUCCUCUGGUGUCAUAGAUUCAAAGUUGCUUAUUCUUAAACCAAGAGAAACUCCUCUCCUGACCCCACUGUCCUUGCAAAAGAGCGUAGAUGGAAAGUUGGCCAAUGCUCACAGCUCUUGGUCUGAGGAGUGCCUUCCCCGAACUGUGUCAGCAGCGCGUUCCUCGUCCAGGUCUGUGGCGCUGAGCAGCCACACGGGUCCGGCAGCAGCCCCUGCAGUACGGGAGCCUGCUUUGAGCACCACCACCCCUCUUCAGCCUGAACAGACUCCAUCUGUGACCCCCACAGCUUCAACAAGCACAUUUGAGGCCUUAACCUUUACCAAAACACAGAGGAGUGCAGCAGAGCACGUUUCGAAGGAUGUUGCAGUGCUCACUGAUGCCACCCCACCCAUGACCCCAAACACCCCUGACAGGGUUGCAGCAUCGGAGGAAAGGCGAGGGACAGUCACGCUGUCUGCGGUUCCCCACAACCCCACCGAGCACCCUGACUACAUCGAGGAGGAGGGGGAGGACAUGGAGGACAAGCCAGAGGCAGAAACAUCAGGACAGGUUAGCAGUCCUGAGGAAGACAGUGAUGACGAAGCUGACGAAGCUGACGAAGGCGAGAGUACAGCUCCAAAUUCAUCACACAAGGUGCGCCAGUGGAUCUCAGACAGAGGCUCUGUCAACUCGUCUCCGGCCUCGCCCUCCUCCUCCUCCUCCUUCCACGGCUCCUCGUCCACCGCUGACUGGACCACGCCACGGCGGGAUAAGUUGUCACCUCUCAGAGGUCCUAGUGGCAAGUUUGUUUCUCCCACCUCCGUGGGGUACGGCUCCUCCUCGUCUCCGCCGGAACAGGCCAGCAGUCAGCGGUCCCGAGGAGAGCGGCACACGGACAUGGCAGAGCUGGCCAAACAUGAAGCAGACAUCGAGCACCGGACCCAGGCUCUGAAGCGAGAGGGCUUCUGGUCCCUGAAGCGUCUGACCCGCCUCACGGAGCCGCCGCGGCCCAAGGUCCAGUGGGACUACCUGUGUGAGGAGAUGCAGUGGCUGUCUGCUGACUUCGCUCAGGAGAGACGCUGGAAGAGAGGGGUGGCCAGAAAGGUGGUGCGAAUGGUGAUGCGCCACCAUGAGGAUCUGAGACAAAAGGAAGAAAAGGCCAAAAGAGACGAGCACGCCAAGAUCAGGAGGGUGGCCUCUUCCAUCGCCAAGGAGGUCCGGGCGUUCUGGAGCAGCGUGGAGAAGGUGGUGCAGUACAAGCAGCAGUCCAGGCUGGAGGAAAAACGGAAGAAGGCUUUGGAUCUCCAGCUCGACUUCAUCGUCGGCCAGACGGAGAAAUACUCGGACCUGCUCAGCAAGUCGCUGGCGCCGAGUCGACCCCCCGAGACGGUUGUUUCUCCACAGAAGUCUCAGCCGCCUCCCGUAGACGAGGAUGACAGAGACUUUGAGCCUACAUGUGAAGAAGAGGAUGAUGAGGAGACCAUCGAGGUGGAGGAGCAGCAGGAGGGCAACGAUGCAGAGAGCCAUCAGAGGGAGAUAGACCUGCUGAAGGAAGAGGGCACGCUGCCUCUGGACCAGCUGCUCAGCACCUUGAAGCUGCCACCCCCAGAGGAUUUGGCCUCAGGUGAAGAAUGCUCGAAUGAAUCGUCUUCAUCGGAGGAGCAGGAAGAGGAAGAUGGCGAGUUCACUGCCAAUGAGGCUGAGGCUGAAGAUGAGGAGGACACCAUUGCAGCCCAGGAGAAGGUAGAAGGAAACGUGGAUCAUGCCGAGGAGCUGGAUGACUUGGCCCAAGAGGGUGACAUGAGUAUGGAGGACCUGCUGGAGAGGUAUAAAGGAGCGUAUGCGUCAGACUUCGAGCCCCCUUCUGCCUCUGGCUCGAAGGCGAGCUCUGAUUCGGAGGCGUCUGGGGACGAGGAGGUGGAGACCGAAGAGGACGAGAGUGACGUGGAAAGCAACUCCUCUUCCUCAGAUUCAGCAGGAGACAGUGCAGAAGAUGAGAGUGAGAAGGAUGACGAGGAGAGUGAGGGCAAAGAGGAUGGGUGUGGAGAGGAAGGGAUGGAGCUUCUGUUAAAAGGAGAAGACAACAGCCCCCCUUCUUCCAGCUCCCGGCCAAAGAAAGAGAUCAGCCACAUCGCAGCGACUGCGGAGAGCCUGCAGCCUAAAGGCUACACGCUGGCCACUACGAAGGUCAAGACCCCGAUCCCAUUCCUGCUCCAUGGAACGUUACGGGAAUACCAGCACAUCGGCCUGGACUGGCUGGUCACCAUGUACGAGAAAAAGCUCAAUGGGAUUCUGGCCGACGAGAUGGGUCUCGGUAAAACCAUCCAGACCAUCGCUCUGUUGGCUCACCUCGCCUGUGAAAAAGGGAACUGGGGCCCUCACCUCAUCAUCGUUCCCACCAGUGUGAUGCUCAACUGGGAGAUGGAGCUGAAGCGCUGGUGUCCAGGAUUUAAAAUCCUCACCUACUUUGGCAGUCAGAAGGAGAGAAAGCUGAAGAGACAGGGCUGGACGAAGCCUAAUGCUUUCCACGUGUGCAUCACUUCAUACAAGCUGGUGCUGCAGGAUCACCAGGCCUUCAGACGGAAGUCUUGGCGGUACCUGAUCCUCGACGAGGCUCAAAACAUCAAGAACUUCAAGUCCCAGCGCUGGCAGAGUCUGCUGAACUUCAACAGCCACCGGCGACUGCUGCUGACAGGAACUCCUCUCCAGAACAGCCUCAUGGAGCUGUGGUCCCUCAUGCACUUCCUGAUGCCCCACGUCUUCCAGUCCCACCGCGAGUUCAAGGAGUGGUUCUCCAAUCCGCUGACGGGGAUGAUCGAGGGCAGCCAGGAGUACAACGAAGGCCUGGUCAAGCGGCUGCACAAGGUCCUGCGGCCGUUCCUGCUCAGGAGGAUAAAGGCUGACGUCGAGAAGCAGAUGCCCAAGAAAUACGAGCACGUGGUGCGCUGCCGCCUCUCCAAGAGACAGCGCUUCCUCUAUGACGACUUCAUGGCACAAGCCACGACUCGGGAAACGCUGGCCAGUGGCCACUUCAUGUCGGUGAUCAACAUCCUCAUGCAGCUCCGCAAAGUGUGCAACCACCCCAACCUGUUUGACCCUCGACCCAUCCAGUCGCCCUUCAUCACGCAGCCCAUUGUUUUCCUCACGGCCUCCUUGGUGCACGAGGCGUUGGAGGUUCCUCCUCUCAAGCGCUGCGACCUUUCCAUGUUCGAUUUUGUUGGUCUGGAGAGUCGCGUGUCCCGUUACCAGGCAGACGUUUUUCUAACUCGCCACAAGGUCACCCGCCCGCUGAUCCAGGAGAUUGUGGAAUCCCCCGAACCCCCUCCACGGCCCAGACCGGUCCGCAUGAAAGUCAACAGGAUGUUCCAGCCAGCACCUAAAGGUGAUAAUCGACCGGUUCUGCUCAUGAACAAACCCACCUGCUCUGUCCCACCUGCAGCUCAACCUCUGGUCACGGAGGUGGCUUCAGCCCCGACACCUGCUCCCGUUGUUCAGCAAGUGGUGUGUUCAGUGGUGCCCACUCCGCCUCCUCGCCCAUCCUUCCAUCCCACUCCUCAAACUGCCGUGAGAUCCAGCGCUCCCAAACCAGUGGCCACUUUCCGGCCUCCCACAGCGACUUGUGUAGCCAGCGUUCCUUCCCAUCCCAGUCCGAACCCCAGCAGCAUCAUGCCCCAGAGGGUUUUACUCAGCCCGGAUAUGCAAGCAAGACUGCCUUCCGGGGAAGUGGUGAGCAUAGCCCAGCUGGCCUCCUUGGCGGGGCGGCCAAUGUCGUCAUGUCAGGGCAGUAAACCCGUCACCUUCCAGCUUCAAGGCAACAAGCUGACUCUGUCUGGAGCUCAGAUCCACCAGGUCCCAGCAGCCAGCCCACGCCCCGUUCAAGGUAACGUGAUGCACCUGGUGUCCAGCGGGGUGCAGCAUCAGCUCAUCAGCCAGCCCGCCCAGCUGACCGUCCAGACAACAGCCAACACGCUAGCUGCUAACGCUGCCUCGGCUUCCCCAGCCAGCCGGCUGCUGCACGCCGUCUCCCCUCAAGUGCCCUCAACUGUGAGCAGCCAAGGAGUUGUGAAGAUUGUUGUGCGCCAGUCAACAGGCAAGGAGGGUGGGCCUGUGCCUACGCUAGCUGUGGCCCCUUCCCCUCGUGUUGUUCCUCACGCACCUUCCUCCCUGCACCCCCACACCAACGCCACCCCCGUCAGGGACACCGCUCCACUCCAGAUGGCCCCACGUACCCCCGGCCCCGCUACUGCCCACUACACGUUAGCCCCUCCCAAACACCCGAGCUCCAUCCUGAACCAUCCCCAGCCCCCCCGUCCCGUCCUCAAAGUAGUGCAGCCGCCUCCCUCCAGCGCAGAGCAGCCAGCUCCGGCUCAGGCGACCCCCUCGUCAUCUGUGUCCAAGUCUCCAUCAGCACCGCGGGACACCAGCAGCAGCAGCAACCAUCAACCAUCUCUGACCAUGAAGCCCAAGCCCAGCGUUCAUCUAAAGAGCUGUCCUCCACCAAGGAGGGUGCCCCGUCCACCCCCCCGCUGUCCUUUCUACAUGCCAUCGCUGGCCGACAGCCUGAAACAUCAGCGCGACAGCCGACUGGACUUCAUCUUCAGAGUCAAUGAGCUCCACUGCAGCGCGAAGCCUGUGUAUGGCCGGGAGGUUUUGGACUUCCUGACUUUUCUCCCCGGUCCUCAUCCAUCCCCGGCUGCUCUGAACCCCGGGGGGGAGUGGGGCCGCUCAGGCCACAGCAGCUGUUUGUUUGCACAAUGGCAGAACAAGCACGACCUCUGGUUUCAGAGUCAUGUUUUAACAGAUGCCAUCCACAGCAUUGAGGACCGCCUCCAGAUUCUCAGUGAAACUGUAGACAGGUUUACAUUUGUGAUUCCUCCCGUGGAGGCUCCUCCGAUUUCCAUGCACGUCUGCCACCCUCCUCCAUCUCUGAGCCACAAGCAGACCAUCUACUCCUCCUUGCUGUCGGCUCAAGUCGCUCCGCUCACUCGCAGCCUCCACCGCAUCCAGUGUAGCAUGAGGACCCAGUUCCCUGAUCUCAGGCUCAUACAGUAUGAUUGUGGUAAGCUUCAGACUCUCCACACUUUGCUGCGAAAGCUGAAGUCGGGAGGCCACAGGGUGCUGAUAUUCACCCAGAUGACUCGCAUGUUGGACGUGCUGGAGCAGUUCCUCAACUAUCACGGCCACAUCUACCUUCGCCUGGACGGCAGCACCCGGGUGGAGAUGAGACAGUCCCUGAUGGAGCGCUUCAAUGCAGAUCGCCGCAUCUUCUGCUUCAUCCUGUCGACUCGCAGCGGCGGUGUGGGGGUGAAUCUGACCGGGGCCGACACAGUCGUCUUCUACGACAGCGACUGGAACCCCACCAUGGAUGCCCAGGCCCAAGACCGCUGCCACCGCAUCGGCCAGACCCGGGACGUGCACAUCUACAGGUUGAUCAGUGAACGCACAGUGGAGGAAAAUAUUUUGAAGAAAGCCAACCAGAAGAGGAUGCUGGGAGAUAUGGCAAUUGAAGGAGGAAACUUUACUACGGCCUUCUUCAAACAGCAAACUAUCCGCGAGCUGUUUGACUUCAACGAAGGGGAGAAGAGGGAGGUGGCGGUGGAGCUGUCGGUGCCGCAGUCGGAGGAAGAAGAAGGUGGCAACAAGCAGAGCACCACCAUUCUGGAACAGGCGCUGUGCCGUGCUGAGGACGAGGAGGACAUAGUGGCGGCGUCGCAGGCCAAAGCCGAGCAGGUGGCUGAGCUGGCAGAGUUCAACGAGAACAUACCGCUGGAUGACGGAGGGGAGCAGGAGGAGGUGGAGGAGCUCUCCAAGGCCGAGCAGGAGAUCGCCGCUCUGGUGGAGCAGCUCACUCCCAUCGAACGUUACGCCAUGAACUUCCUGGAAGCGUCUCUAGAAGACAUCUGCAAGGAGGAGCUGAAGCAGGCGGAGGAGCAGGUGGAGGCUGCCAGGAAAGGCCUGGACCAGGCCAAGGAGGAGGGCCUCAUGCUCCACCAUACAUCUGAUGAUGAUGACUUUUUGGUAACACCAUCCUCCUCUGAACCAGCUCAGCCAACUCCUGCCCGCCGUGGGCGUAAACCCAAGGACAGAACUGUCACCUCCACACGGACCAGUGGCAGGCUUCGUGGAGCAUCGCCCGAAACCGAGCCUGAGCCCCUGGCCCCUGGAGAACCCCCCGAGAAACUCCGGGCUGGUCUGAGGGGGCGAGCUCCUGUUCCUGCUAGCCAGUCACGCACCGACCAGCACAAAACCUCGCCGUCAGCAAGGCUUCAAGAUUCCUCCAAGUCUCCAAAAGAUCACCCGACCAUGAAAGGCCGGACUCAAUCAAACCGCUCCCAUCCCAGCCCAGUGCCUUCAUCCACGACCAGCCCUCCCUCCGGGGGGAAACCCCCGUGUCCCGCAGAGACGGACAGUAAAACCUCAAAAGAGGGGGGGGGUGAGAGAACGAUGUCUGCGUCUCCGCUGGACUCGAGCUGUGCAGCAGACGUUCUGACGAAGGACGAGGACAGUAAAGACCACUGUGCCAUGUCUCCUCCCUCCACCAGCUCCAAAUCCCCGCGGAAACGCCAGUCCGCAGACGGGGAGGUGCUGCGGGGUCUGUCGGACGACUCCCCAUCAGCCAAAGUCCUGCGGAAGCUGCCAGGGAGGCUGGUGACAGUGGUGGAGGAGAAGGAGCCCCGCCGGAGGCGGCGUCGGGGGAGUGGCACUGGGGGCGGGGGCUCCUUGGAAGAGGUGCCUGCAGAGGAGGACGCAGCUGGGCUGGUGGACGAGUCCGUCAAGGACAACGCAUCCCAGAGUCCUGAUGACAAGACCAAAGCCAGUGUCUGCAAAUCCCCACAGGAACAAGACCCGGGCCCAUCAGUGCAGCCGCAGCCCGUCCGCAGUUACCCUCCGUAUUCCCCCCCCCACCUGUCUCCUGACAUGCCGGUGUUGAGGAACCUUCCUGUGCGCCGCCGGUUGGAGACUGAAUCUCGCAUGGCUGCCCAGCUGGGAGAGCAGCAGCAUGUGGGCAGGGGCAGGGGCGGGAACCAACCCAAGAAGACAGACAACCCCCCAGGCAAAGACACGCCUGCUGCACCGGCCGCACCAGCCGCGCCUGCUGCACCGGCCGCCGAGUCCGCUGUAAAUGCACUUGUGACCCCUGUAAAAAGAAAAAGGGGCCGGCCCCCUAAGAACCCCCCUGCAAAUCCUCAGCCUGAGGUCCGAGUGGCUCCUCCCCCACAUCCCGUCCCAACAUGUGGGGACGGACACCCCCCACCGUCCCCCAAACGCAAAAGGGGCCGUCCCCGUAAAGAUGCAACAGCCCCCACCGCCCCGGGUCACACCUCUGCUAGAGGGGGGGAGACGGUAGGCAGGGUCUGUGCUGCUGCCUCCCCUCCAGCCCAGACCGUCGAGGUGACCACGUCUGCUGCACCUGUGCCCGUGGUGGCCUCCCCCCUGCCUGUGUCUGCACCCACACCCACCCAUGUGGUUGCUUCAGCUCCUAUCACAGGUGCACAUGCCUCAUGUCCUCCACAUGUCUCACUGUCCACAAGUGCGAGUGCCCCUGUCACUGCCACGGCUCCACCCCCCCCUGUCAACACCAGCUCAUCCACUCCUCCAUCAGUGGAGCCAACAACCGGGGUUUCCCCAGAGCUGGACCGGUCUCCUCCUCCCACCCCCGUACCAUCAGCAGAACCAGACCCUGCCAGAACCACGACAGAGGCCACCCCAGCUGCCCCGCCAGCUGCCCCGCCGGCUGCCCCGCCGGCUGCCCCGCCGGCUGCCCCGCCGGCUGCCCCGCCGGCUGCCAUCCCAGCUACCACACCGGCUGCCCCGCCGGCUGCCCCGCCGGCUGCCCCGCCGGCUGCCCCGCCGGCUGCCCCGCCGGCUGCCUCGCCGGCUGCCCCGCCAGCUACCACACCGGCUGCCAUCCCAGCUACCACCCCAGCUGCCACCCCAGCUACCACCCCAGCUGCCCCGCCAGCUGCCACCCUAGCUGCCACCCCAGCUGCCCCGCCAGCUGCCACCCCAGCCGCAGGCCCAGCUGCCAGCCCUCCGCUCACUGUGUCCUCUGCCAUGGCGGUCGGAGAUCCAGCAGCAGAGCCUCCCACAACAACAUUGACCGCAGCAGCAUCAACAUCAGUGAGUUCAGCUGCUGCAGAGGAAUCCCUCACAGCACCCAAAACCGCGGCUGCCGGAGACUCGACUGUGUCCUCAGCAUCGUCUGCAACGUCCAUCCCGCAAGCUGUUCAUGAUGCUUCUUCCACACCGAGGGCAGCUGCCACCUGGACGGAAACAACCCCAGCUGGCCCUUCCAGCACCGCGGCUCCAGUUCCAACGGCAUGCCCAGCCGUGUCUGGGGAGACCUCUGCACCACCGCUAACAACAAUCACGCCGUCUGAAAAUACCGCCAUCCCAGCAACGCCAAGGACCACAAUCCCCAUGAAGCCUGUCUCCAGCUUCACGCCCACCACAGAAAUGGCUGCACAGGCUCCUGCAAGAUGCUCCAACACACCUGCCGCUUCACCCAGUCAGCCGUGCACCCCCCCCUCAGCUACAUCAUGUGCCAGCGUUACUCCUGCUGAGGCAACCGCAGUCCCGUUGACCUGGUCAUCCACAACAGGGGGGGUCAAAGGAGGCGGUGCAGCCGUUGUCAGCGUUACUGCCAGGACUGGAGAAAAGCCCGUCGAGACUCCAGCAGGACCAGUUUCCAUCCCUGCUGCAGGACCUCCUGUAACACCAACCACUGACAAACCACCUCCAGGGGACACCGCAACCGCCCAAGUGGUCGCCACGACAACCGGCUCUGCUGCUGUAGCAACAACUGCAGAAUCCACUCCUACUACGGGCGGUGCUCCCCCGACGGGCUGCUCUCCUCCGACUUCCAGCUCACAUGGUACUGCAGACGUUGCUCCUGAUCAAGAAACCCCAGCAUGUGGGGGUGCUCCAGCGGAGGUUCUAGCGGAGGCUCCUGCGGGGGUUCCAACGGAGGCUCCUGCGGGGGUUCCAGCGGAGGCUCCUGCGGGGGUUCCAGCGGAGGCUCCUGCGGGGGUUCCAGCGGAGGCUCCUGCGGGGGUUCCAGCGGAGGCUCCUGCGGGGGUUCCAGCGGAGGCUCCUGCGGGGGUUCCAGCGGAGGCUCCUGCGGGGGUUCCAGCGGAGGUUCCUGCGGGGGCUCCUGCGGAGGCUCCUGCGGGGGCUCCUGCGGAGGUUCCUGCGGGGGCUCCUGCGGAGGUUCCUGCGGGGGUUCCAGCGGAGGUUCCUGCGGGGGCUCCAGCAGAGGCUCCUGCGGGGGCUCCUUUGGGGGUUCCAGCAGAGGCUCCUGCGGGGGCUCAAGCAGAGGCUCCAGCAGAGGCUCCUGCGGGGGCGUCGGGGCAGGCGUCCCCGGAGACGGCCCCCUGCACUGAUUCAGCUGAGUCUGAGUCCAGAGGAAAGUGGGACACAGAGACGGACGUAGCUGCGGCGGAGAGCAGCCAGGCUGGAGACGCAGAGCAGGACGUUUGUAAGUCGCAGGCCAAAAGACUAAAGCUGGAGAAGAGCUCUGAGACAGAGGACCUGGACUGUGGACAGGACGGAGGAGAGCAGGUGACACCUGCAGCUCCUGCUGAGGAGGAACAUGCCAAAGAUGGCAAACAGCCCAAUCAGAAAAGGCCUCUGAGUCGCCAGAGCAGUCAGGAGUCGACGCGCUCCUCGUCCCCGUCAUCGGAGGGCUCGUCAUCCACCCUGACGCGCCACGCCCAUCACAAGAGGACGUACGAGAACAGACAUCCCACCAAGAGGAGGCGGGUAGACGUCACCCAGGAGAGGGAGGAGGCGCAGGAGGAGACCAGCACCCCCCGGAGGAGGUGCUCCCACUCCUCUUCCUCCGACUCGGACAGCAGCCAGAGCAGGCAGCGGCUGACCCGCUCCGCCCAGCGCCGGCUGCAGGACCAGGAGGAGGAGCGGGCAGGGGGGGGGCCCAACGCAUCCAACAACACCUCCACGGGGGGCGAGUCGGGCAGUGACACGUCGUCCGCUAGGACCACCAGAAAGAGUGCAGCGUCUCAACCCCCCCCUCCGCCGCAGGUCCUGGGGAAGAGGUGCUCGGCCCUGAAUGCCGCCGCCAAGCUGCUGGCCAUGAAAGGUCGGGUGGACACCCCGGGACACACGCUGCGCAAAGAGCCGGGCGCCAGAGCCGCCGCCAGCUCCACUCCGUCGGACCGCAGCCUCAAGGCUCGAGGUGCCGCAGACUCUCCCCACAACUCUGUUCCCCUCACCAACAACAGCAGGCCGCUGAUAGCCAGCCAUAGCAGCCGUGCGGCGGCGCGCUCCACCAGGCGCUGCCCCGGCGCCAUGGUCCCACCGCUGGAUGUGGAGUACAAGAGGUCCCGAGCAGAGAAGGAGAGCAGCAGGAACGCUGACGCGGGGGCGCGCUCGUCGUCAGGGGGGCGCAGCGCCUGCAGCAGCAUGAGCAGUGAUGGCGAGGGUGACGGCGAGGGCGGCGGACGCAGCAGCAGGAGCCGCAGCAGCAGCAACAGCAGCCAACAGACGCACAGCCUCAGCUCCCGCAACACCCGCGCCGCCUCCUCCGGCAGCGAGCAGGAGCGGGGGCGUUCCUCGGACCGGGGGAAGGGCGGGGACACGGGCGGGGCGCAGAGCAGGCGCAGGGACAGCAGGGGCUCCAGCAGGCUCUCCCAGGAGCUGGCCAGCAGCUCGGGCGCGGAGGGCACGCCGGACCGGGUGCUACGGAGCGUCGCGGCGCUCGCCGCGGUGCAGGCGCGCUCCCCGGCCGCUAGCACUCGCUCCUCGGCAAGCCAGCAACGCAACAACAAGACAUGACCGGAGCACCGACAGGACUAAAGGAAGCAGAGCGCGGCGGAGCAUGACGGCGUGGUUGCUGCUUCGUCUGCACUCUGGGAGCCUGGGGAGGGAGUGCUGCAUAAGCCAGGGCCCCCCCUGCCUCUUGGGCCCCCCCCUCCUCCCACCAAGAGGCUCUCCCCGUCGGAGGAGGGCUCAGGGAUGCUGAACUGACACUACACAGAACUAGGACCAUGGCCGCUGUGGCGUCGGGGAGCGAUGGGGGGUGCAGCACCACGUCACCAAGGGGACGUGAGGGGGGACAAAGGUUCAAGAGGUAGUUCAGAUCUGUACUGUAAACAUGGGACUGGGACUUUGAGGCUGAACCCCACAACUGGAGCUGGUGCAUGUGGCGCCGGACCUUUGUGAGUGGCCAGCUGUAUCGUACGUUGGACGUUUUAGAAAGUUUGGUUUGGAGAACGUCAUGAGCUGUCCUGACUAUUGUAUCUUUGUAGUCAGUGGAUAAGUUAUGCAUAUUUUAUUAUUUCUUCCAGAGUAUUGGGAAGAGAGCAGGUCUGUCCAUGUGGUUGCACAGUGCUGAAGCUCGUCGUUGCUUGGGGCCCUUUUUUCACGUCAUCUCUGUUCAUUUCAGUCCAGCCAGCCUUGGAUUUCUCAUUUGCACAUUCAAAAAGACAUUAAAGUCCCUCUGCUUCUGAGUGCGUUGUGGUGUAGUGACACGUUUGUACAUCAAAUAAAUUGGUUCCCGGUAACUCGCAGCGUAUCUCUCCAGUUUGAAAACGUAUUUAUUGAACUAUCAAAUUGUCUCCAAAAUGUUCCAUCUUCUGCUCUAGUCCACAGACCCAUCUCCCCACAGCCCCCACAAGCCCCCCCCCCAGGCAGUGAAACGCUGCAGCCCCCUCCCCCAGUCCUCCCCCAGACC